UAACAAACAAAAGUGACCAAAAUGCUCUAAAAUAUGUUGGUGAAAAAUCGGACUUUACCUUGAAAGGCAACGACAGUCCAGUUUCCACUUUGGCAAAACAAACGAGACUCUUAAAGGAGGGGAAAAAAACCAAACAUCCCCCUAGUGGCAACUCCAGCGGCUUGGCGUUAGCAGCUCGGAGAGGAAGAGGCUGUUUGGAUUAAGGGGGUUGGGCUGCCUGCUGGUAGGAAACCUGCCGCCAGACAUCCAGUUUGUCUCCGGCGGUGCAGCGCAGCUUUCCCGCAGCAUCAGCAGCAGCGACGCCGCAGAGCAUCCUCCAGCCUCACCUGCUCCUCAUCUGCGCUCCCUCCGCCUCUGUCCACACAAACAGUGCCGCAGCACGGAGGAACCGGGCGGACAAGGACGAGCAGCUCAGGCUUCGGGGAAAUAAAGGAAUACUAAAGGCUGAAGAUGGUGAAACUGGGGAGUAAUCUGCAGGACAAAGGCGCCAAACCUGUGAGCGUGGAGGACGGCUUUCAGAAUGUGCCCCUCAUCACUCCACUGGACGUUGGCAGCCUCCAGAGCCAAGCACCUGACAAGGUGGUGGUGAAAACCCGCACGGAGUACCAGACAGAGAAGAAGCGGCUGAAGGUGCCCAAAGUGGAGGAGUUCACCAUCAGUUUUACUGAUGGAGUGUCUGAGAGACUUAAGGUGACGAUUCUGAUCAUCCUGGCCUUGGCCUUCCUUGCCUGCAUUGUGUUCCUGGUGGUUUAUAAAGCCUUCACCUACGACCACGCCUGUCCAGAUGGAUUCAUUUAUAAGCACAAGCGGUGUAUCCCAGCCUCUCUUGAGGCCUACUACGCUGCCCAGGAUGCCAACUCCAGGGGCCGUUUCUAUACAGUGAUCAGCCACUACAGCAUGGCCAAGCAGACCACCUCGCACUCUGUCUCCCCCUGGCUGCCUGGAGGGUCAGGAGGGCGCGACGCCAAACCCCCGAGUGGCGGUGAGGGCCACUGAGUUAGCUGAAUGGUUAAAGGAUGUAAAGACACACAUGCAGACAUGAAGACGUACAUGCAGACACAGGCCGACAACAUGUCAGUGAAUAUUUAGACUUGUAGACAAAAGAGACAGAUUCACACAAGAGUACAUAUAUAGAGUGAAAUCGUGCAUGCAGACAUUAAACCCCACAAGCACAUUUGUAUUCAGAUUAACUUGUCUGCUCUUUUAUGUGCUCAUUCUUAUCGAGGGGCAUCCGAUCUCUUACUCUGUUGAGGUUAUCAUCAUCUGCUGACGUACACCCACAUCCACCUGCAGUCUGCUCUCUUGUUAUCUUGUUUACUCCCUUCCUCAAAAUGAUUAUUCAUUGACUAUCAUGAUUAUUUAUUUUUUACUGUAAUCUAUGGAUGUUUUGUAUGUGAUUACCAGGUAACUCUUUGUACGAAGGCACGAGUUGACGCUGAGAUUCACGCUUCUUUGUGCGAGUCUCUGAAGUCAUAUUUUCCCCAGUGUGUAUACUGUAGUUACUGUAUAGUCAUUCUCAGCCCCUCUUCUUUCUAGCUUUUUUUGUGCAGACUAGGCAACCUCAGGCAUACCUGUCAAAAACUACACAGGCGUAUCACCCAAAAUGUGUCAAAGCUUCAGCUGGUCUGUCUGAGGCCAAGGCCCGCGUCAGUUCUGACUUGACCGAACGAGUUCCCCCCCCCUUCAUUGCUGUUUAAUCGCUCAUACACAAGAAGAAGAACAUUUUAAAUGUGAUGUGCCAUACAUUUUAAAUCCUGAGAUCCUGCAGUGAGCUAAGCUGUACAUAAAGAUGUGCUAGGUUGUGUGUAUGCAUUGUAGUAGCUUUAGGGAGUUUUUCUUCUUCUCCUUUUUUUUAAAAUUAGUCUUACAAUUCCUUUAUGUGAACUACAUAUUGCUUCAGUUGCCAGUCUUGUAGCUUCAUUAAACACAAUGUUGCAGAUGGGAAACAAGAUAUUGUGCAUACAACUGUCUCUUGCCAAAACUAUUUGCCACUGUGUAUUGUUCUGUUUAUGGAUGGGCUUCAGCUGCAGCCGAGUUCUCCUCCUGCACUCUUAUUAUUAUUAAUUUUUUUUCAAUUUGGUAAUGUUGGAUCUGUUGUCAAGAGCGCUUUAAUGAGAUGUUGUGAUGUUGUUAGUUGAUAUGUAGCGAUACCUGGUGUAAUUUAUCCGUGUGCAUCCUUGUCCCUCUUCUCUUGGUUCGAAUUCAAAAUAAAACAAGCUGUGACCUGU